CAGCUCCCAGCAGGCCCCGGGGGAACAGGCUGGUCACGUGAGCGCCCGGAAACCCUGGCGGCAGCGGCGGGGGUGAGGUGGCGGGGUGGCCGGCGGCGUGCGGUUGAGCAGAGCUGUGCGAACCGAAAGAGAGAAGAAAUAAUGUAAAUCAUUCACUCUCUAAACAUUAAAGUCAAAAGUGAGGAAAGUCAGGGAGAACAUGGCAUGGCCAAAUAUUUUUCAAAGAGGAACUUUGCUGUCCCGGUUCAGCCAUCAUCAUGUUGUUGUCUUCCUGCUCACUUUCUUCAGUUACUCGUUGCUCCACGCGUCAAGAAAAACUUUUAGCAAUGUCAAAGUCAGUAUCUCUAAUCAGUGGACCCCAAGUGAUUUUAACAAAUCUGUUGAGCUGCCUGUAGAGAUCUGGAGCAGCAACCAUUUGUUUCCCAGCGCAGAGGAAGCCACUCUUUUCCUUGGAACACUGGAUACUAUUUUCCUCUUCUCCUAUGCAGUGGGCCUUUUCAUCAGUGGUAUUGUUGGAGAUCGGCUUAAUUUACGAUGGGUUCUGUCUUUUGGCAUGUGCUCUUCUGCAUUAGUGGUGUUUGUCUUUGGCACUCUCACAGAGUGGCUGCACUUCUACAACAAGGGCCUGUACUGCUGCCUGUGGAUUGUGAACGGCCUGCUGCAAUCCACUGGUUGGCCCUGUGUGGUUGCUGUUAUGGGCAACUGGUUUGGGAAAGCUGGACGAGGUGUUAUUUUUGGUCUCUGGAGUGCCUGUGCUUCGGUGGGCAAUAUUUUGGGAGCGUGCCUCGCUUCUUCUGUUCUGCAGUAUGGUUAUGAGUAUGCCUUUCUGGUGACGGCAGCUGUGCAGUUUGCUGGUGGGAUCAUCAUCUUCUUUGGACUCCUGGUGUCACCAGAAGAAAUUGGUCUUCCAGAUAUUGAGGCAGAGGAAAAUUUUGAAGAAGACUCACACAAGCCAUUAAUUCAUGGUGCUGAAAAUGAAGAUGAAUAUGAGCCUAAUUAUUCAAUCCAAGAAGACAGUACUAUUACCCAAGUCAAGGCAAUAAGCUUUUAUCAGGCUUGUUGUCUUCCUGGAGUUCUACCAGUAAGGACUGUUCAGAUCUCCUUACCACAACCAUAUUCACUGGCCUAUGCCUGCUUGAAGUUAGUGAAUUACUCUUUCUUCUUCUGGUUGCCCUUUUAUCUGAGUAACAACUUUGGAUGGAAGGAGGCUGAAGCUGACAAACUGUCCAUUUGGUACGAUGUUGGAGGAAUUAUAGGUGGAACUUUGCAAGGCUUCAUCUCUGACGUGUUACGGAAGAGAGCACCAGUUUUAGCUCUAAGUCUCCUUCUGGCAGUUGGGUCCCUCGUUGGAUAUAGCCGCUCUCCAAACGAUACAUCCAUCAACGCACUUCUGAUGACUGUUACAGGAUUUUUUAUUGGUGGGCCUUCUAACAUGAUCAGCUCUGCUAUUUCCGCGGACUUGGGUCGCCAAGAGCUGAUCCAGGGGAGCAACGAGGCUUUGGCGACUGUCACAGGAAUUGUGGAUGGAACUGGGAGCAUUGGAGCUGCGGUGGGCCAGAUUAUUACUGUCUGGAAAUAAGGUGACACCUCAUAAGACAGAUCCCUCAGUCCCAGUCUGCUACCGCCUUAUCAGCCUGAACUUAACACUGCAAGGGGACUGUGAGACGUGCUUCUCGUUAAGCCCCAGCCUGGCUCGCAGAUGCCUCCUCUUCCCCACCACACACACACACAUGUUCACACAUUCUUCACGUGGAUCACCACCCAAAAUUGCCGUGGAACUUGCAGCUGCUCUGAGUCAUUUUCCCUGCUUCCUAUAACUGCGUCUCAAAGGGCAGUUCAUAAAUGUGUUGUAUCAGAAUCAUCUGGGAUAUUCAUUAAAGUACAAACACUAAGCUUACUAUAGACUUGCUGAGUUAGAGCCUGGAGAUUUCGACAAGCCUUCCUGCUGAUUCUCAUGCACUCUAAAACUUGGGACUUCUAGGCUAAGACUGGCCUACUGUGAGUAGUCAGAACUAUAAAUACAGAUCUUUUUUUUUGCUUACAUUCAGCCUUCUCUCAGAAUGAUCUCUCUUCCCUAGACCUUGCACGAGUCAUGCCUCUCCUAGGGUAUACCAUUCCUGGUCAUUUAGUGCUAAUUUUGCAAAAAUGGGGACUUGAGAAUCAUCUGCGUGGAUAAAAUACUUGAAACUUUGGAAAUGAGUGAAAUAUUUAAAGGGGAAAGAAAAUAUAGGUAAAGCCUCAGGAGAUGCCUGGCAGUCAAAGAAAUAGAAAGCUAGCAGAGUGAAGUGUAGUCCAGGAGACAGAAUUUGAGGAGGUGAUCAUUAAGAUCAUAGAUACAGAGAGGUCAGGAGAAGGAGAAUGGAAGGCAAAAGGCUUUGGGUUUUGACACUUAGGUUAUUCUUAGCCUUGAAAAUUAUCGUAUUGCCUGUUUAGUGGAGAUGGAUCGCUCAUGUCCGACUGCUGGUGGUUAAUGAAAGCAAGUACUGAAGAAAAUAAGCCAUCUCAAUGCUUAUCACUCUGCAGCCAUAUGUUAUAUACUGAGCUGUUCAUGUCUGUCUCUCCCACUAUGAUUUAAGCUUCAUAAGGCAGCAUUUUAUUCUGUUUUGUCAUCUACUGUAGCCCUGGGACCUAGAACAGUGCCUGGCACAUGGUGAACAUCAGAUAUCCAUGAAUGGUUGUAGGAUGAAUGAUUGAGGUGAUUGAUGUGCUUAGCCUAUUUGAUUAUGAGAUAAAAGAGAAAAGAAAGCUUAGCAGAGGAAGGAGAAACUAUGCUCUGGAGUAGGACAAAAAUGUCAUCAGCCACCAGUUCAAAUGCCUUCAUUUAAGGGGUGAAGGGUGACAGUACUGGGGAUCCUUUUCUGAAAUUGGUGCAUUUUAAAUUAUCCUUCCUCACUAAUGUUUUCUUCAUUAAUCAGAUGGGUGGAUUAUGUUAAUGAGCAUGUCAGGAAGUUCAUUUUUAUUUAGAUUGUCUCACCUGCCAGUGUUCAGAUUCCUAACUCUGAGCUUGGAUCAGCAUUCACCUGACUUCCAUGGUUGGGGAAGCAGGAUCCGGAGUAAAUCAUUGUUAACUUUGCUUAUUCCUCUUCCGUGGUGAUUUUUAAAUAAUUUCUCAUUGCCUUGGGGAUAAAAUCCCAAACUCCAUGACUUAAUAUUAAAAACUCUAUCAACCUUGUCCCUAGCCACUCUCCUAACUUACCCUGAAUAAUCUAGUUCCCCCAACUUCCUUGACUUCACAAGAAACAAAAUUGUUUUUUCCUCCUGAUUUCCAUAGCGGUUGAUGCAUACCUGUAAUAGAGCACUUAUCACGGUGUGUCUCAUCCACUGGUUUAUUGUCCACGGUACCAGACUCGCUUUCCUUGGGAACGGGCACUCUGUUGCCUUCAUAUUUGUGUUCCCAAUGCUUAGUAUGUUUUUGACACAUAGUAGGGGCUCAGUAAGAUUAAGUUGCAGUAUCUACCCAAGAGAAAUGAGAGUAAAUGUCCACAUAAACACUUGUACACAUAUGUUCAUUACAGCUAAGAAGUAGAAACAACCCAAAUGUCCAUCAGCUGAUGAGUGGGUAAACAAAAUGUGGUAUUUUGUUUAUGUUGGAGUGUUAUUUGGCAAUUAAAAAGGAUAGAUGUUACGUGAAUGACCCUAAAAAAUAGUCUAAGUGAAAGAAGCAAGUCACAUAAGACCACUUAUUGGAAAUGAUUUCAUUCGUGUGAGGUAUCCAGAAUAGGCAAAUCUAUAGGGAAAGAAAUUAGAUUAGUGGUUGCCUAGCAUUGGGUGGGUUUGCAGAGUGACUACUGAUGGAUACAAGGUUUCUUUUGGAUGGAUCCAAAAGUGACUACUUUUGGAUACAAUGGUCUAAAAAUAGAUUAUGGUGAUAACUGUAGUUCUGUGAAUACACUAGAAACCAUUGAGUUGCCCACUUCAAAUGGGUGGACUUGUUAUGUAAUUUAAAUAUCAAUUAAAGCUGUUUAAAAGAAAGAUAAAGUAGUAGUCAGAGAGUUUGGAGGGCCACUAUUGCUUUCUUGAGUGAGUGACUCAACCUCUGCGUUUUCACUUUCCAUGAUGUGAACUUGGCUAAAUCACUGACUGGUUCUGCUUUAACUUCUCCACUUAAUAAAUUUCACUAAUAGUGUGAUCAGAGACCAUGGGUGAAACUCUCACAUCUAUGUCAGUUGAUUUUUGAAGUGGGUGCCAAAACCAUUCAAUGGGGAAAGAACAGUUUCUUCAUCAAGUAGUCCUGGGAAUACUGGAUAUUAACACACACAAAAUAAUGAAGUUGGACCUUUUUUUAAUACCAUGUACAAAAAAUUAACUCAAAAUAGAUCAAAUACCUAACUUUAAGGACUAGAACUAUAAAAACUCUUGGAAGAAAACAUAGGGACAAAUCUUCAUGGCAAAUAUAUACAAAUGGCCAGUAAGCACAUGAAAAGAUCCUCAACAUCCUUAGUCUUUAUAGAAAUGCAGAUCAGAAACAAUGAGUAUCACUUCACACCUAUUAGGAUGGCUAUAAUUUAAAAAAACAAACAGGUAUUUGUGAGGCUGUGGAGAAAUUGGAACAGUCUCAUACAUUGCUGGUGGAAAUGUAAAGUGAUAAAACUGCUGUGGAAAAUGCUUUGGUGGUUCCUCCAAAAGUUAUACAUAAGUUACCAUAAGCCCCAGCAAGCCCAAUCUUAGGUGUAUACUCCAGAGAAUGGAAAAUAGAGACUCAGAUAUUUGUAUGUCAGUGUUCAUUGCAGCACUAUUCAUAGUAGCCAAAAAGUUGGAACAACCCAAAAGUCCGCUGGCUGAUGAAUAGAUAAGCAGCAUGUGGUCUGUCCAUACAGUGGAAUAUUAUUCAUAAAAGAAGUGAAGUUAUGACACAGGCCACAACAUGAACUUUGAAAAAGUAUCCUAAGUGAAAUAAGCCAGACACGAAAGGACAAAUAUUGUGUGAUUCCACUUAACAUGAACUGUCUAGAGUAGGCACUUUCAUGGAGACAGCAAGUAGAUUAGAGGUUACCAGGGGAUGGUGAGAGGAAGUGAUAAGGAUUUACUGCUCAAUGACUAGAGUUUCUGUGGAGGGUGAUGAAAAAUUUUGGAGAUAGAUAGUGGUGAUGGUUGUGCAGCGUUAUGAAUGACUUGAUGACACUGAGCUGUACACUUAAAAAUGUUUAACUGGUAUAUUUUGUGUUAUAUAUAUUUUACCGUAAUAAAAAAAGUGGGUAAAAUGUUAUUAAAUCCUUUUCAGUAAUCAAAAUAAAGUAAAAGAAUAUUCUGUAUAAUGUUAAAGCUGUACAGUAAUCUUAUGAGGAAAUAACAUAAUUGAAAACUGAGCAGCAUACUUAAAAAUUAAAAGGUAAACUAUUUCUGAAAGUAUCGAUUAUCGUACCUUUCAGUGGAAGAAGGAACCAUUAAAUAAAUAGCUUGAGAUUGUUCAUCUUCCUCUCUUAAUAGCAAAGUGAAUAAAAGUAAAAUUCCUGUCUUCUCUUACACAGUGUUUGUACUUAAACUCUGCAAGCUGAAGGCUGCUAAUAAAACUUAAACAGGAGCAUGUAUGUGAAGGAGCUUUGUAAACUGCAGGUCAUUAUACAAAUCCUAAUUCCUUCAUAUUUUCUAAAAGGGCCAUGCUUACAUUACCUUUUAGCUACUUCAUUUUAUUAAUUUAUAAAGGAUUAUGUUCUAUUCUUUUUCUCC